AUGUUCCGAGAGGAUCUGCUCCCGUUCCCUAAUGGAUCGGGUUUGGGUUCAGGCAGCGAAAAAAUCUUCCGCAUCGACACGUCGGCCGUGGACCGGACGACGUACUACCGGCGUUCGGACACGAACCGCCAGCGGUUGAUACACAAGGCCAAGAUGAAGUCGCUCCGGAUAUCGGUCGUCAUCGUGGUGGCAUUCAUCGUUUGCUGGACGCCGUACUACAUCAUGAUGCUGAUAUUCAUGUUUCUCAACCCCACCGAGCGUUUCGGCGAGGAUCUACAAUCGGGUAUUUUCUUCUUCGGUAUGUCGAACAGUCUGAUAAACCCCCUGAUCUACGGGGCGUUCCACCUGGUGCCGAUCCGGCAACGGCGUAAUCAGUACAACCAACAUGACCAA